AAGAGAGAGAGAGCGCGAGGGAGAGACCGAGUGGGGCGUGGUUGCUGAGCUAAGUUACUCACAAAGUUCACUGCUCACUACAGGAGCUACUUGCAUCGGUCUACUGACCAAAUCCACCUGUGCACCAUGGAAGAGCCCCCCCACCCCGAGACCAGCAGCGUGACAAGCAGCACACACACUGUCCCGGAGCCUGGGCCAGAGAAUGCGGAGCUCCUCAUCCCGAGUUACAGCCCUUCAUCAGCCCCGUGCUCCCCUACCCCGACCGGAACCCUGGCCCGACUGGGUGUAAAGAGUCCCACCAGCCCCUCCUCCACCGCCGCAGUCCCCGGGAGCCCAGUGGACCGUGGCCAGGUGAGCGCCAUCACUGUGGUGGCCCUGCUGGACAAGCUGGUCAACAUGAUGGAGGCAGUGCAGUUAAACCAGCAGCGCAUGGAGCAGAAGCAGGCCGACCUGGAGGGCGCCGUGCGGCUGGUGCAGGGCGACGUGAGCCGCCUGUCCAAGACACACGUGGGCACCUCCAACAGCGUGUGCAAGUUGUUGGAGCGCUCGCGCAAAGUGAGCGGUCACCUGAAGGAGGUUAGAGAACGCCUGGACAAGCAGGCGGUGCAGGUGAAGAAGCUGGAGGCCAACCAUAGCCACCUGCUCAAGAGGAACCACUUCAAAGUCCUCAUCUUCCAGGAGGACAAUGAGAUACCCUCCAGUGUGUUGGUCAAGGAUUCACUCAAGACCCCAAACCCAAGCCAGUAUGACGCAGAGUCCACUCAGCCCAACAUGUCCAUUGCCAGCUCCGUUGACGGUCUUCAGACCAUCAGCCUUUCCUCGGACGAGGAUCUCCCGGUUGACAGAGCGGAGGGAGAAAUGCUGGAGUGCGGCGCUGCCGGAGGUAGUUCCCAUAUUUUUGAGCGAAGGUCUGACAAGUUCAAGCGGACCAGUUUGAAGAAAGUCGACAGCCUAAAGAAGGCCUUUUCCCGCCACAGCAUUGAGAAGAAGAUGGCACAGAUUACCACCAAGAUUGUUCCACCGGAAAAGCGUGAAAAGAUCAUAAAGACCCUCAGUCCGACCCACCCCAAGAGCCCUUCUGCUAAAAGCUCUACAUUCAAGGUGUCUCCCAUGACGUUCAAUGUAAAAAAAGUUAGAGAUGGUAAGGCUCCUUUGCAAGAAAUGGCCUCGGGAGAAGAUGCACACGUGGAGAUCUCUCCACUGGAAUGCUUACCUGGAGAUGUCGCAUUGUGUGAGGAACCUGCCCAGAAGAGUCAACAAAUGCUGAGUCAGUCCACCGCGGACGGCGUGAAGGCAGAGCUGGCAAUCAACGGAGAUCCAUCGAGCAUCCAGUGUGAAAUAUACGGCGAUCGUUCUGCUGGUCUUGCAGUCCCCGAGCGUGAUGAUGACGUUGGCGAGGAUAAAGAAGAUGAGGAGGAAGAUGAAGAAGCAGAACAAGAGGCCCACAAAAAUGAAGAGAAGCACUCCUUGACAGCAGCUACAGAAACAGUUGCUGUAAAGCAGAUGUCCUAAACUCUGUUGUCCUACACUCACCCAGUAGUGCUUAAAAUGUCCCUCAUAAGUAAACAGGUUUGUUGUUAUUAUCAAAAAUGCAUCGAUAGGGACCUAGCCAUGCUGCGAAGAGCGAAAAAACGAGAGUAAUUAACGCGACCCCCCCAAAACAUUUUUACAAUUGCCUAUAAAAAUACUGUAGUUGUAAUUGUAAAUAUACCACAAACUAUGAUCCCAUUAUGAUUUGGUUUAAAAAAAAAAAAGAAUUUAACCCUAAGUGUGCGUGUACAUGCACAUGUAUAUACUCUCCAUAAAAACCCAGGCUAAACUUAGCUUCUCCCAGAUAUACAAAACAUGUUUCUCAGUCAAGAUGUACCACUUCACCAUACAUCUUUGGGCCAAUUGUACUACUUUCCUAUUUAGACAGGGCUUGGGGGCCAUCUUGUGCCAUUUUGAGACAUUUUAGAAAGAGCAAGUAACGGAGGUUAUGUUAAAAGAAACAGUGAAUUUGUGAGUAGCAAACUGAUAAUAGGUGGGGGUUUACUGCAGUACAAGGAGAAAUAGAAGAAGGUAAGAUAACUCUUAGAUUGUCUGGUAGCUACAUCGUUUUUCCAAAAUCGUCUCCUUGUCAUUGUUUUUUUUUUUUUUUGUGGUGAAUGUGGCUCAUCUAGUUGUGUCCAGCAAUGGCGCAAACUUCAGGUCGCUUCCUAAUUGGCUACCGUUUCACCUCACAAUCACAAGGUCUGUGGAUUGCCCGUUGACCACAAACACAGGUUUACGAUCCUAAAUAUUGAACAGGUUUAACAUUUAUUAUUUUUCGACCUUGAGCACAAACUCAUCGGUCAGGAUCAUCUUUAUCGGAAUCUAGCUCAAAAUUGGCUCCGUUUAUCGGUAUGGGUGUACCUGGCAUUAAUGUGCAAACGUGGUAUCAAUUGAGGCUUCUUAAAAACAGUGCCAUCAGCUGGUGCUCACAACUUGGACAGCAGGACAUCUCCUAGGCACCAGUCCAAGUAUCUCCCUCUCACUGGGUUUGUCUGCUUCUCUACUGAGAAACAGCUUCUUUGUUCUGGCCCCCUUUUUUCCCAAUCUGAAAACUAGUAAAUCUUUGGCAACAAAACUAUUGUGGUAGUAAGUUGCCAGGGUGGGCAAGAGCAGGAAUGGUGAUCCAGGGGUUGCUUUUCAAGGGUGUUUAUACUGUUUUUAUAGGAUAUCCGUGUCUAAUUUUACACCAUUGGUCUUGAAACUUGAGAGGUGUCUGUGCACUGUGAAGUAGCGACACAUAAUCUAGUGCAGCAAAUAAAUAUUGUUAAAUAAAUAAAUAUAAAUAUUACUCUGCAUAACAGGUGAAUGUUGUAAUCGCACACUUGUUAACUGUGGAAAAUAGAAUAUUGUAAAAAAAAAAAAAAAAAAAAAGGUAUAUAUGUGUUGAGUGAUGAUUUGCUACUGGGUGGAUUCAAAUGUUUAGUCAUUCUUUUGCUUUAUCUUUUUACCGACUGCUUCUCCUCCGGUGACAUGCAACAGCAUACUCCUGUAGCGCCUAUAACGUGCACAAGCUGGUAUGAGUAAUUGCACUCCUGAAGGAAUGGAUUCCAGUUAUUUUUGGAGAUAAGACCAAUGGCAAAACACGUCUUUUCUCCCUUCUCUUCUGUGAGGUUCUUUAAAGAAAUGUGCUACAUUGCAAACAUUUUGUAUUACCUUGUAUAGUUUACAAAAACACAAACACAUACACAUUCCUUUUAGUGUUAGUCUAGCUCCCAUGCAUGUUUCUAAAUAUAUCUCUAGAAGGGACAUAUUAGGGAAAAUUUACUUGGUAAUUGCUGGUAUACAAAUAGUGGGAUGGGUGGAAUGCCUGCCCACCCAUCAAGUGUGAAAAUACAAAACAUAAUUUCAUAUUAUUUUUAGCAGCCUAUUUCUAAAAAUGUGUCUGUUUUAACAUAAUAAUGUCAAGCUAAGUUGUCAACGUGCAGACGGGGGUAUACAUAUCCGGCUGUGUGUCUGCUGCAUACCUGCUAUCCACAGAUCUGCUUCACUAAUUGGCAAAGUGUAUUUUGAUGAAGUGUUGCCUCGAGUGAAAAUAAAAACCUUUAUGGGCACUCGGAGUGGCGUUGCGUAGGAACAAUUCAGUCUGGACUAGACAGGGAGAUGUGAACAUGCUGCUCUGAAAGGGAGUCUCAGAGUCUCCAGAAGUCUCCGAUAACACCACAAAAUGUCGGUAGAUUUGUUACUAGUCACUUUUUUUAAAAAUAGUCAGUAGAGGGGUUUGAAAAGUGGCUAGGUUAGGAACACUGAGUAGCCCUUGCUUCUUUGCAACGCCCUAGCCUCGCACCCAGUUGUCGUGGUAUUGACAGCUAUACUUGGAUUUUGCAUGAGACAGAACCACCCACUCAAAAUGAUUUAAGUAUGGUGUAAUUCUUUAUCUUUUAUGUAUUUUGAAACUAAAUGACAGAAACCUUUAAGACACCUGGGAACUGUUUUAAAUUGUGAAAAAAAUGCACAAUAUGUCUCCUUAAGCCUGCAUUUCUGUUUCCUCAUUUGACAUUGGGAUAAAAUAAAGUUAGAUGUGCAUCAUCACAUUGUAUUAUCUUUUUGUCUAAUUAAUGUAAUUAGUGGUUAAGGAUGAUUUGCCUUUUUUUCAGACUAAUGACUAAACUAAGAUGUAACACUUUGCUUUGUACAAGUGGGGCGGUCCAGUGGUUUGAAUCUUACAGGAAUUAUGGUAUUCUUUCCUUCUCAUCCUUGGAAACUGGUGUCAUUGCUUUCUGUUAAAGAAAAAUGUUUGGAAUCAUGUAUAUGUUGACCUAUUAUUGGUCUGAAAGCAAGAGUUCCUAAUCUCAGUUCUUGUCUUAUUUGUUAGAAAUGAAAAACAGUUAAAAGUUAGGGAUGUUGCUUUUCUACCUUCACUGUACAGUAGUUAAGAAAGUAGGAAACUACAUCAACCAAAGAUGCUUCCCUCACACAAGUAGUCUGUUAACUCUUGUUGCUAAUAUUGUGUAAACAUGCAAGAAUUUCCUUUUGAACUUUAGCAUUGUAUGCAUCAAUAAAGAAUUUAAACAAGGA